UCCCCAGGACUGCUGCGUUUGAUACAUUUCAUAGCUGAGUAAACCGCCCAGCUUGCUGGCUGUAGUUCAGUGGUCUGGGAAACCGCCGGUCUGGACACUAUCAGGGGCAGCAGCAACAGCAAGACCCAGACAGGGCACUCUGACGCUCCCAUCUCUCCUCCUCAACCUGCUGACUCUGGCUCAGGACCCCACCGCGGAGCAGCCAGUCCACCCAACACCGGGAAACACCAGGAGCUUUGCCUUUUCCUCUUUUUUAAAAGACUUUUCCGGCACGUUCUCACGGUUCAAGAUGAGGGCCUGGCCGCUGGCCGUGGUGGUCGCUGUGUUCUGGACUCAGUGCCUCCUGGAGGAGGUGGACAGCAGGAAGGAGAGGAAGAAGCCGAAGGAGGUGCCCCCCCAGCGCACGGAGGCGCACAACACCACCGCCUCCAAUAGCGAGGAGGUCACCGGGAGCACCAAGCUUCCAGAGAACACACGAGUGGAUCCCUUUGGAUCAUGGAUGGAUUUUGUGAAGAGGCCCGUGGGCAACUUUCCCGGGAAGUGUCGUAAGAGAAAAAGACCACUGCCAGGCCCCCCUGGACCCCCAGGGCCCCCAGGGCCGCAGGGGCCUCCUGGGUCUCCCGGGGCAGAGAUUACCCAAGAGGUCCUGCUCCAGGAAUUCAAGGAAAUGAUCAAAGAGGCAACAGAGAGGAGAGCAGCAUUGGAUAAGCAGACCAAUCCCAGCGCCCUGGCCCCUGCUCUCCUCACUCUGGAGAGCAUGACCUCCUACCGGAGGAUUGAGGAGGCCUUCCACUGCAGACUGAAGGGGCCUGUCGUUGUGGACAAGAAAACCCUGAUGGAGCUGCAGAACUUUCAGACCCCUCCAGCUAAGGGUGCCUUUCUUCGAGGAUCAGGAAUGGACCAGACCACCGGCCGAUUCACCGCGCCAGUCACCGGCAUCUACCAGUUUUCUGCCAACGUCCAUAUUGACCAUAGUGAAGUGAAGAAAAGCAAGAGUCCUCUAAGGGCCCGGGACAAUGUGCGGGUUCUGGUGUGCAUCGAGUCGCAGUGCCACAGAUACACGUCCUUAGAAGUGAUUGUUGGGUUGGAAAGUAACAGCAAAAUAUUCACUGUGUAUGUGCACGGAUUACUGGAACUGCAGGUCGGUCAGUACACCUCCAUAUUCGUGGACAAUGGUGCCGGAGCGUCCAUCGCCAUACAGAAUGGUUCCGAUUUCAUGGGAAUGCUGCUGGGCGUAUAGCCAUAUCCUCCCUUCCCCCACCCCACUUCCUGUACAUACAUGGGACUGUGCCACCUGACACGCAUGGCGUCUGCUUCUGUUUCUAUGGAUUCUACACCCCCUGCCACCCUUCAUUGCAGGGGGUACACAGGAAACGGGCGUCACGGCAGACAGCAGCUGCUUCCUCGAAGGGGAGAUGAUAAACUUUAGGAAGGAAUGCGUUCCCCUCGCACACUGCCUGUCUGUGGACCAAGGAAGCCGAAAACCUCAUUGACUGACUUCCCCCGCUGUCUGAGCAGGAGACAAGACACCUUAGCUGCUGUUUUCCCCCUCCCCCUCCCUUUUACCACAAACUGCAGCCAUUUUGCACAAUGAGAAGCUCCACUGGCUUCCUGUUAAAACACAAAUACAGCAGAAAGUGGUGUUUGACCCCUAUAAUUGUCCCAGGGUAUGAUAUUACCAACCCCAAAGAGACUGUAUACUUGCAGGGUGUCAGUGUGCAGUGCUGUCAAUAUCUUGAUGCAACUUUUCGAACAGUAUUGGGGCUUGUAAGUUCCAUUCUCUAAGUUUAUUCAGAUUGUUGAUUCAUUGCUAUUUUUAUGUGCACAUGCUUUGGUGUUCAUAUGUAUGCUGGUGAGAAUGCCACAGAUAAGCAUCAGCCUCAUAUAAGAGGGUCCAUAUUCAUGAUUACUCAUGGACCUGGUUAAGCACACGAAGCAUGUAUAUGUAUAUAUACGUUUUGACAAAUCAAAAGUGAUAAGACAACUAGAUGUUCAUAUUUAAAAACUGAAUUUUAUAUCUGAUUUGCUCAAUGCAUCUUCUGAUCUUCCUACCUGGAGCAAUAUUGUGGGACUUCACUUGAAAGUGAAUGUGAUUUUUGCCCGUGGAAGACAAAAUGGUGGCCAAAUUAAAAUACCAUUGCCUGAUGUCUUUUUCAAUGGUACCACAUGCGUGAACAAUAUUUCCAAAAAACACAGGCAAUACAAUGAAAGGGAAAGUUCUAACCUUUUUCAAAUUAAAUAUACAAUCUAAAAUAAAGAAAAAUAAUAACAGUGAAAAUGAAUUACCUUGCCUUUUAAUGAUCAAAUGACCAUUUUUGUUAAUAUGUAUUUUUUCACCAGUACUAUGUUUUGUGUUUUAUAAAUUAAAUUGUUUCUGUUGUGAUAAAUUAUGCUCAAUAUUUCAGAUAUAUACAUUUUAUCAGUACAACUUAAGACAUUUAUUGUAUUUAUAUUUCGAAAUAUACAUAGCCUAAUUUUAACAUUAAUUUAAUAUCGAUGGCAUGUGGACUGUAUUUUUGUUUCAGAUUUUCUUUAAAACGUGCUACGUAUGUAUGAAUAAGGUCAUAUGAGUUCAGUGGAAAGCUCAAUGUAAUUGAUUGGAACAAGUAAAUAAAAAUGGUACCUCUUACAUUUGAUUUUGAUAUGCUUUUCAAAAAUCAUGAUGCAUCAUAUUGUAAUACAUCAGUUCUGUCUUGAUCAAAAUAUUGACAGAAAUUCAGUCAUUUUCAUUCUUUUUCAGAGGCCAGUUUUGGCUGUUCAGUGGCAUUUUUGGCAGUUCACGAGCCUUUUUUUUUUUUUGCUGUUAAGCUUUCAAAACACAAAUAUUUAUCUGGUGUAUGUUUUCAUUUGGUCCAGUUUUUGA